AUGCUUCUGGGCGGGAGGGUAGGCGAUCAUGUUGUUGUCGCCGUCGAUAUCAUGGUCGCCGGACACGCCGCCGAUGUUGACGGGCGCGCCACGGCGGCUUGCGGCAUGACCAACCUCGGGAACCUUGGCCGCGGGGACAUUGGCGGCAGGGACCUUGGCCGCUGGGGCGUUGACGAUUUGUGCCCCGUCGGGGACGCUGCUAUGGGCGUCGGGAAGGCUGGCGUGGGUGUCAGGAACGCUGCUGUGGGUGUCGGGAAGGCUGCUGUGGGUGUCGGGGGUCUUGACGCCAUCGGCAAGGGCGCCAGGGAUUGCGGGGAUGUCUUCACGACCGUCAGUUUCUCAGUCCUAGAAAGUAUGCGGUGA